CCAGGAACCAAUUUGAAUACAUCGUAUCUCCUAGAUAGAGCUAUGCCUCGACGCUCCGCAAAGCAAGUCAAGGCUUCGGCCUCCCGGAGCUCCUCGAAGCGGCCCGCAUCCCCGAAGGCAACGCCCAUCCGGCAGUCAAAGCGUGCCAAAGCUACCCCUGCCAAAAGCUCGUACUUUGAGCACGACUCUGACGACGAAGUCGAUGAUGCAGCUUCGGAAUUUGCAGAAGAUGCCGAUGGCGGGAAGGAGUCGGUCUACGAUGAAGACGAGGCUAAAACAAGUCCAUCGCCCUCCGCCGAAUCUGAUAUUGAGGCGGAAGAGAGUGAUGACGAGGACGAAACGCCACGAAAGAAGGGACACAAAGCCCAGCCAAAGAAGGGAGUCACAAUGCCAAUCCGAGGUGGCACGAAAGACAAGGACCUCUGGAAGACGGGCGCCAACUUGCCCCCCGGAACCCAAGUAAUAAUCAAAAAGCCCAAAGCUCGCGAGGCCGGGGACACGCCGUACACCGAUGAUAGCAUUCACCCCAACACUAUGCUGUUUUUGAGAGACCUUGCUGCAAACAAUGACCGUGCAUGGUUGAAAAUGCAUGAUCCGGACUAUCGAGCUUCUCUUCAAGAUUUCACAACAUUCUUGGAAAGCCUAACGCAAAAAGUUAUCGAAGUCGACGAGACGAUCCCCGAAUUGCCGGUGAAGGAUAUCAUAUUCCGCAUCUACCGCGAUAUUAGGUUCAGUUCAGACCCUACUCCGUACAAAACUCAUUUCUCGGCAGCAUGGUCACGCACUGGCCGUAAAGGGCCAUAUGCAGCGUAUUACGUGCAGAUCAAGCCUGGUGGAAACUUGGUCGGUGGAGGACUGUGGUGCCCAGCAGCUGAGCCGCUCAGUCUCCUGCGACGCGACAUCGACAGGAACCCGCACAACAUCAAGCGUGUGCUCACUGAUGCUGGAAUCCGACGAGCAUUCCUCGGAGGGGUCGCCGGCAAUGAGAAGAAGGCCGUGACUGCGUUCUGUAGUCAGUCUGAGAAUGCGUCGAACGCGCUCAAGACGAAACCCAAGGGAUACGAAAACGACCACAAGGACAUCCAGCUCCUGCGGCUUAGAAACUUCACCAUCGGGACAAAGCUGGCAGACGAUGAGGUUGUCGGACCUAAGGGUCUGGACCGAAUCUUCGAGCUGCUCUCGUGCAUGGUGCCCUUUGUAAGUGCCCUCCUAUCCUUGCGUCACGCCCGUCUUGCCGCCUCCAGCAUCAGGACGAGGACAGCAGGUCAGACCAUUUCGCAGCGGGCGAGCUGAAGGGGGGGCAGCGGGCGGCCUCGAAUCUCGAUGCAGCAGUCUGCGGUUUUCAACUCUGGUACCCUAGCACGUAGCCUCGCUGGCGCUGGUGCGUUGGCACUGCAGGCUGAGGGCACCUGAGUCCGUCCGCAGGCCGGCCCACGCCGCUGCUCGCUCGAGUGCUGAGUCGCUUCCGCCUGCGAGUCGCCUCCAGUCGGUGAGCUGGCCCAUUUCCCACCCAGCGCUAAUGUGGGCGCUGCCGCAGAUCACCUACCUCAACAGCGUCGUGAUGCCCGACGCAGCCGCGGAUUCGAGCAGCUCAGAGGAAGAGUCCG